AUGAAGUCUUUCGCCUUCUCCGCCGCCCUUCUGGCCUCGACUGCUAUGGCCCUGCCUGCCAGCAUUAUCCCUUCAGGCACCACCGGCUCUUUGCCUUCUGGAGUUCCCUCUUGCCUGCCCUCCGGUGUUAUCCCCUCGGGUAUCCCUCUGCCAGUGGCAUCUAUGAUCCCCACUUGCUCCGGUGCCGCUGCAUCCUCGUUCUCCGCUUUACCCAUCCCUACCAGUGCCGCCUCCGACAUGACCGAGGGCUCCGGCCCCGGCCAGGUUCUUUCCAUCCUCAACCAGGCCGGAACCUCGAACUUCAAGAUGAUGGCCGAGUCCGAGCUCCAGAGCCUGAUGAGCAAGCUGCCCCUUAGCGCUCUCGAGAAGCCCGUUGGCCAGGUCAUUCAAACCGCUCAGUCUGUCGACCAGCUCGACACCAGCAGUGGCUCUGGCCUCACACAGGUCACCGCCGUCCUUGAGAACGGCAACGCCGCCCUCAUCCAGUUGACCCAGGAAGUGGUCGAUCUCCUCUCCAGCCUCGGUCUCGGCGAGGUCGGCAGCCUUCUCGGCUCUAUCGUUGGCGGCCUUGAGUCCAUUACCGGCAAUAUCAAGCGCGCCGACCCUCUCCAAAACGUUCUCUCCAUCACUGACAUGAACGGCCUCGCUGGUGGCAAGGACCUCCUUGUCCAGGUUGAGCCUACCCUCCUCGGUCUCCUUAGCGGUCUUGAUCUCUCCACCGUUCAGGGCCCCGUCGGCAACGUCGUCGCCAUGGCCCCUUCCGUCACCGAGCUCAAGUCCAAGAUCCCCAACAUCCCUGGUGCUGACUUCAUUGCUGUCAACGCUGAGGACAAGGCUUCCGUCCUUUUGAUUAAGAUUAACGGCGCUGCCCAGGGCCUCCUCUCCACUCUCGGCCUCGGCAGCGUUGGCACUGCUAUCGGCUCCAUCGUCUCCUCCGGCAAGGGUGCUCUCCCCCAGUAA